AUGAGCGGCGAGGGCGGGGCCUGGGACCCGGCGGCCGCCAAGCAGCGGCGUCUGGACCCGGCGCGCCAGUCGCAGAAGGAAACCGAGGCCGCCCAGGCGCUGGCCGACAUGACGGCCUGGAGCGGCGGGAGCCUUGGCGGCGCCGGCCGGCAGGGGGCGCGCGAGGCCGCCGCCGCUGCCGCGCCGGAGGAUGCGGCCGGCCAGCAGGAGGCGCGCGAAGCCGCUGCCGCCGCCGCCGCCGCCGCCCUCCUCCCGAGCUCCCCCGCCGGGGACUCGGGCGCGGAAGGGACCCCGGGAGCCGCCGGCGACGAGGCCAAGGGCAGCCCCGGGGCGGGCGACGGCCGCGAGAGCCGGAGGAAGAGGAAGGAGGCCCGCGAGAGGCGGAGGCCCGUCGAGGCGGAGGAUGAGUGCUCCAUCAUCUCGGUGGGGGAGGACGACGACGACGACGACGACGAGGAGGAGGAGGAGGAAGGCGAGCCCGGAGGGAGGCCGCCGCCGCCGCCGCGCAAAACGGAGCAGUACCUGGAAGCGCUGGAGGCCGUGCAGUUGGAGCUGGAGGCGGUGAACCAGCAGGCCGGUCGCGCCUUCGCCCAGCUCAAGGCCAAGUUCGGCCACAUGCGCCGCCCGCACCUGGAGCGGAGAAACCUCAUCAUCCGAAAUAUCCCCGGCUUCUGGGUCACGGCCGUAUCCUGCCGCCGGGAAGAAAGCGGGGUUUGAAUCAAAUAAAAAGCAAAAUGAGGAUUGUGCUGUUUGUACUGGGCAGGGUGGGCAGGAGCGGGAGAAAUCAGGGCUGGGCCGAAGGGGACAUGGACGCGUUUGAAGCUGCGCUACGCUUAGUAGGGUGCCUGCUCUGUCCAGCCCAAAGAGGACUGCCGAGGCUUCUCCGAGGUUUUAGGCAGACGAAGAGGGCCCCGGGUUCUGAAAGUUAAGGCCCUCUGUCUCGCUGUCCCAGAGCCUUGGGAAAGCAGCUCUCUCUUGUUGGGCUAUUACGAGCGCUGGAUCUUGUCUUGGCCAGCAAGAAGCAAAUUGCUUCCAGAGGCUUCAAUAAGGUAUUCCUGCCUUUCUGGAUUUCCUCUUGUCCUUCUGCCUUGGCAGGAAAUGACAAGCUUUAGCAGACUACUAGGAAUUGCAAUUUUUAUAUGCAAAUUUUCAGGAAAGUAGUUGAGUGGAGUUCGUUUUCUUGAUGUGGCAAGACCCUUGAGGAAGAGAGUUCCUCAAAAAUAUAUAGUUAUCUCUUCCAUAUGAUGGAUGUGAGAAGUGCAGUCUCAGAUUUUCCUGCUAUUUAUUAACUAUAUUUGUAUAUACCCCUUCCUACCAGAAUCUUGGACUGCAGUAUGUCGGUUUCCUUCCUUAACUUUAAUUUUACAGUUUCUCAACCAUCCCCAACUUUCAGCCAUGAUCAAUGACCGGGAUGAAGACACCCUGAGCUAUAUGACCAAUCUGCAGGUGACUUCAGCAAAGCUGGUGCAUGGGGGCAUUGAUAGAUAGUCAAGUUAUGGAGGGAAGGAAUCCAAUUGCAGCUGGAAACCUGGGUUCUUUCUGUUUGAAGGACAGUGCCGUGGGUCAAAGGUUUCAUGCUAGCCUUAUGAUUCUGACAUUCUUUGAUAUGCCAGGUUGAGGAUUUCACCCAUGCAAAAUCAGGCUGCAAGAUCAAGUUCUACUUCAACAGCAACCCCUACUUCCAGAAUGAGGUCAUUGUGAAGGAGUUCCAGUGUGGUUCAUCUGGUAUGCAGUAGGGACAAUAUUUAUGGGAACAGAACCCCAGAUAUGAUGUGCUGUUGCUCACAUCUUCUCCAUUUGUGUCUCCAUCCUUUCCAGGAAGACUAGUGUCCCACUCUACACCUAUCCGCUGGUGGCGUAGCCAGGAUCCAAUAGCACAUGGCCGGAAGAAUUUUGGCCGCAGUUUCUUCACUUGGUUUUGUGACCACAGCUUCCCAGCAGGGGACCGUAUUGCCGAGGUGGAUAGUAUACCCUGUCCUAAAUUGCUCCUUGCAUCCUUAUAUCCACACUCUUUAAACUCUUUUCUGCUUUCUUAUAGAUAAUUAAAGAGGACCUCUGGCCUAAUCCGCUGCAGUACUACUUGAUGGGGGAAGGUGGUGAAAAUGGUGAAGAAGACAGGUGAGGAUGAUUUGGUUGGUUGUUUUGCUGGCCUUAUUCCCACUGUGUUUUCCAGGGGGGAAAUGAAUUGGAAAAAGAUUCCUAUGCAAAUAAGGGUAAUUAGCAUCUAAAAUUGUCUGAUGCCUGAGUGAUCUAAUUUAGUAAGUAAGCAAGGUUUAUUGUACUAGCCAAAGGCCAUGACAAACCAUACAAACACUAUCAUGGAAAGAAAUAUCUGUAUAACUAUAUAAAAAACAGCCACUUCCUGAACUAUCAGAAUAAAAUGCAGAUGCACACAUAGAUUGGGGACUCCACACAGAAUCUAAUUUACAGUGGUACCUCCGGUUAUGAACUUAAUCCAUUCUUGAGGUCCGUUCGUAACCGGAAACCACUCGUAACAUGAGGCACGCUUCCGCUAAUGGCGCCUCCUGCUGCUGCUGCACUGCUGGAGUGUGAUUUCUGCUCGGAUCCUGGGUCAAAGUUUGCAAAAAGGGGCAUCUACUUUCAGGUUAGCGGAGCACGUAACCCAAAAAAUUUGUAUGGGGGACGUUGACAACACUGUAGUGUUUUUAUUAUGUUUAUUUUGUUUAGUAAACAGAAAUGAAAACUUGGAAACUGCCAGGGUGGCCUAAUAUUUUUUUGCAUCCAUUUAUAAUUACUAAUGAACAUAUGAAACAGAAAAGUAAAGUACUGAUAAUGGUUUCCUGUGAAUGCACCAGUCCUACCUCCUUUACUCUUCCUUGCUAGCAUAUGACAGAAACAAGUCAUGAUCCCUGGCUUUUACAUCAGAACCAGGUAUCAUGGGUUUAUUUUACUCCAAACUUCUCAUAGUUUGUUUGAGUGAAACAAACCAUGAUCUCACGUUUGGACAUAGUGCUAAGCCAGGGAUUGUAGUUUGUUUCACUUCUGUGCUAGUACAGAGGAGUAAGGUAGAAGAGGUUGGUUACAUGGCUCAUGAAUGAUAAACCAUUUAAUUAUGUUUUACCAUGACAUGCAGUCUGGGCCACUGGGUCUAUUGGGUUGUGGUAGGAGUGAUACUGUGGGCAAGAAUAGAAAGCUGCUGUUGUGUGUGUAUGUGAACUCUGUCAAGUUUUGUGGCAGCAGAAACUGCAUGAAAUCGCAGGGAGGCUGACUUAUGAAGAGAGGGAUUUGUAAUUUGUAGCUGGGAGGCCAGCUGAAAAUGAUGGAUAAAUGCUGACACAUUCCCUCCUUCCCUUGAUGUUUAGUGAGACAGAGAAUGGUGAUGACUUUGUGGUGAUUGUAGAUGAUGAUGGUGAAGAAGAGGAUGCGACAGAUGUGCAUGAGAUCAUGGAUGAGGAGGAGGGUGGGCGAGGUAAGUAGUGGUGGAAUAGGGCUGCCCCCCCCCAAAAAAAAUUGUGGCAGCUUCUGGACAUCAAAGAGAGUAUGCUAAAUGAAAAAUCGUCCUGGCAAGUCAGGGCUCGGGGCAGGGAGGAGGGAGAUGUUGAUCCAGAAGGGAAUAGAUGGCUAGCUUACCUCAGAAGCCAGGGAAUGGGAUUGAGGAACAAUGGAAAAUCAGAAACGGGAAGGAAAGGGCAGUUCUGGUUGGUAGGCUAGGAUAAGAAGUAUCUUGAUGUAUCCCACUUUGCUGAUACAGGUGAAGCUGUGGAAGAGGUCCUGAGUGGCCAAGAAGAGGGUGUUACCGGUCCCAGCUCCUCUCUCCGUGAGGAGCCAGAUGGGAAAGAUUCUGAGGCAGAAGAUGAUGGCUAGAUCAUUAUGGAAAGACUGUCUGGUUGGACUUCCUCAUGGUGACCUCAGUGGCACUUUGACCAAUUGCACUUGGACAUGGCAGGAUAUGGUGGUGGGAAGUUUCAGGAGCAGUCACAUUGGUUAUUUUGUACCUUUAUUUAUUGCAGCGACUGCAUUUCCCUCCUUGCCCUGGGGGUGUGUAUGUUGCCACACACCAGCACUCCCCCAUCCCCAUUGUCUGAUGCUUAGCAUCUCUUCCUACCUGCCUGCAUGGGGGCUAUAUGCAUACUUGCCCUGUCCCCUGUUGGCUACUCAGGGUAUAGCCUGCCCAGUGGCCUUUUCAAAACAGCUCAGGGUUCCUUUCUUCCAUUCAGCAUUAUUAAGCUGCUGACUUUCACACCUUCCCUGCACUUCUCCCUGUGAGGAUUCUACUCAUCCUGUAAACACUUCAGCUUUAGAAUGCCCUCUAUAGGCCAGUUAGUGCCUCCUGCAGUUGAAACAUAGCCCUUACCCUGCUUCCUCCCCAAAGAGUAAGGCCCAACAUUUUUGGAAGUCUUCUGACAAUAGUACUCUGCCAAUUCUCAAUGGGUUUAAAAUGGUCCCUGCUGAUUCAGAUGCAGGCCUUGCACCUGGAGGCUUUGCCGAAGCAAUAACAGCUCCCUAGUUGCACAAUGUUCUGCUUGGGGUUGUUGUGUAUGAGGGAAAAGAAUGGCUGGCUGGGAGGAGGACUGAAGCGCUCUGCUUUUGUGCCCAGGGAUUUCCCAAAUGUUCUGGGGUACUGUGGUGGUGUGGGAAUAUUUCUUGCAGCAGCAUGGCACUAUAGACAUGUAUGUGAUGUCACCCCACCCUUUAACUAUGUAUUUAUGCAUAGUUUCCUAGCAAUGUUUCUAAAGCAUCAUACCUGGUUCGACCCCUUCCUUAUCCUUAUCCCCAUGGAGGCUGCUCUAUGCAAUGCUACUGAUAUUUGUAGAAAGGCAACUGUUUUCCUUGGCUGAGUUUUUUGUAUAUUUCGUAUCAGGACUUUGUACGUUUGGUUUUUUUUUUUUUACUACAAAAAAGCACUUAAUAUACAGAGAGCUUUCCAA